AUGGUUCUCCGAGGGUUUCAGAGCGGCGAGGAUGAAGACGACGACGAGAUCCUCUUCCGCUACCCUCUCCCCAAUUCCAGAUCCGCCGCCUCGAACUCGAGGUCCGAGUCACGCCAGCAGAGCUCUGCGGCCUCCGGCGCUUCCGGCGGCAGCGGCGGCCUCGCUCCCUCAAAGUCGACCGUCUACGUCUCCAAUCUAGACUUCACCCUGACGAAUUCCGAUCUCCACACCAUCUUCUCCACCUUCGGGAAGGUCGCUAGAGUCACUGUCCUCAAGGAUCGCCACUCCCGCCUCAGCCGUGGGGUCGCCUUCGUGCUGUUCGUCUCCCGGCAGGACGCGGCGGCGGCGGUUCGGGAGAUGAAUGGGAAGAUCCUCAAUGGCCGGAAGCUCUCCGUGUCCGUCGCCGUCGAUAAUGGCCGCGCGCCGGAGUUCAUCCGGCGGCGGGUGUACAAGGACAAGAGCCGCUGCUACGAGUGUGGAGACGAAGGUCAUCUUUCUUACGACUGCCCUAAGAACCAGCUCGGCCCCCGGGAGAAGCCCAACCCUAAGCGGGCCAGGAGGGGCGGCCAGGGGAGCGGCGGCGGCGGCGGCGGCGGCGGCGGAGGAGGAGGAGGAGGAGGAGGAGGAGGAGGAGGAGGAGGAGGCGAGCGGGAGGAUGGGGGUUCUGAUGAAUUGGAUGAGGACCAGUUCCAGGACGACAAUUGGGCCUCCGUGGUGGACACCAGAACCGCGGAUGAGAAGCUGGGGACCGGAGACGGAGGAGGUGGUACGAAGGAUAAGAAGAUCAAGAGAGGGAAGAAAUCAAGUUAUUUCAGUGACGAGAGUGAGGAGGACGAAUAG